AUGGGAGCCCCUGCUACUUACCUCGUAAAGCACAUACUGUUUCGGGGCAGGAGGACGCCCAUCCUUCUUCAAGAUGUCAAUGGUCCAUGCCCUCUGAUUGCCCUGGCCAAUGUUUUGUUUCUCAGGAACAGGCUGGAGCUGCCACUGGGGGUCGGGGAGGUAUCCUCGGAUAAGAUUGUGGAGCUGCUAGCAGGCUACUUCCUGGAUGCUCAGACAUCUGCGAGCGGGCGAAAUGAGGAGCAGCAGGCAGCCCUUCAGCACCAGCUGGCAGAGACCAUGCAGCUCCUGCCCCAGCUAACAACCGGCAUAGAUGUAAAUGUCCGAUUUACAAGCAUAGGCGGCUUUGAGUUCACGAGGGAGACUGGCAUCUUUGAUCUGCUCAAUGUUCGCCUGGUGCAUGGUUGGCUCGUAGACCCCCAGGACACGGUCACCGCUCAGGCUGUCGGCCAGGCAUCCUACAACGAGCUCAUCCUGCGGGUCGUGUGCGCACUGGACGGGUCCUACGCCGCCGGGUUCACCUCAGAGGCGCCCGGCCAGGCCCCGGCGGCCAGCCAGCCUCUGCCCAUCCCAGGGCAUGGCAUCGAUGCCGCAUCACUCACAGCAGCGCUGGCCAGCGCGGCGUCUGGCGCGCCGGCCGCCUCCCCCAGCCCCGCCGACCACAAGGACAGCCUCGCAUCCGCCAUCAACUCCAUGCUGGGGGACCUGGUGAAGUCCCGGGAGCCGUUCUUUGCACUGGAUAAACCGAGCCCCGGCCCCGCCCCAGCCGAUGAGGAGCCGGCACGGCAGUCGACGCCGCCAUGGGCAGAUGCAUGCGGCGACGAUGGGCCCAGUUCCUCUGUGACGCCACGGGCUUCCCCUUUUGACGAUGUGGAGGCUCGUUUCAAGGACUUGACCGUCGCCACGGGAGUGCCAGGCCGGCAGGCUGCACAGGGCACCGUGGCCGGCAUCGACACGAGACAGGAGGCCGCCGGGGCCGCAGAAAACAAUGCAAGGCAGGGAUCUGAGGGUGCGGGUGGGACCCCAGCGCCGGCCUCUGUUGCGGCGGCCUCUGGGUCACAGCGUGAGGCGCGGCAGGUGGACGAGGAGGUGCGGCAGGCGCUCGUCAUCCAGGAUUUCCUGGAGAGCUGCCCCAGCCAGCUGACGUAUCAUGGGCUGGCCAGCCUGAUCCAGGACUUGCAGGAGGGGGAGGUGGCUGUGUUCUUCAGGAACAACCACUUCAAUGUGCUGCACAAGCAUGGCGGCCAGCUCUAUUUGCUCAUCACGGACCAGGCAAGGGCUGAGUGCAUGCGGUGGCCGGCUUGUGGCUACCAGUAUGAAUCAGACGUGGUGUGGGAGCACCUUGCGUCUGUGGACGGGGACACCUCGCUCUUCAACGCCGACUUCAAGCCUUUCCGGGUCCACUCCUUCCCAGCCCCAACUGCCGGCCGGGCCUCACCCUCCAUGCUCGCCGACAGCGACUUUGCGCUGGCCCUGCAGCUGCAGCAGGAGGAGGAAGAGAGCGAGGCGAGGGUAUGGACCCGCCGCGACCCCGGCAGGCCCCCCAUCCUGCCCCCGGCCGGCUCCUCGCCCACGGCUGGGCAGCGGGCGCAGGGGCCCCUGGCCAGCACGCACAGGCAGGCGGCAGGUGGGCCUGGCCCCAGCGCAGGCCAGGCCCAGCUGGAGGGUAGGUCCCUGACCCGGUUCUCGCCGGGCGCCUACCUGCGCCGCCCCAGUGGCGGAGGCAGGGACAAGUCGACGAAGAAGGAGAAGAAGGCCUCCGACUGCGUGGUCAUGUGA